AUGGCUUUGAACAAUCUCCCACAAGGAACGUCGCCUGUAAACACAAACAUCAUUCCAAAAGAGCAGAACCCAAAUAAGUUAAUGGUAAUGAGUCCCGGGAAUGGAAGGGAUUUAUACAGAGAGCAAGAAGUUUCUCAAUCUAGUAGAGAUGCAGUGCUAAUUACACCAGUGCUAGUCGAGAUCGAUGAGUCAACGGAGCUCACAGAGGAAAAGACACAGAGUAGUGGACAUGAGCUGAUUCCACCACCAUACCCUAAAAGGUUGGCAAAGCAAAAGAAGGAUGAUCAAUAUAGGAAAUUCAUGGAAAUGCUCGGACAAAUUCAAUUGAAUGUUCCGCUGAUGGAUGCUUGGAGGGAAAGGCCAAGCUAUACAAAAAUGAUGAAGGAUAUGAUGUCUCGAAAGUUUGACUUCCAGGACAUGUCGACUUUAACUCUGACUCAAACUUGUAGUGCGGUAGUGACAAGACCUAUGGCUAAAAUAUUGUCUUAUCCCGGUACUUUCACUAUCCCAAGAACAAUUGGAAGUUAUUCUUUAGCUAAAGCAUUGUGUGACUUGGGAGCCAGUAUUAACCUGAUAUUAGGCAUUGGCAGAUCUAGACCGACCUUAAUGUUGCUACAGCUAGCUAAUUGCACAGUGAGAAUGCCGAUAGGAAUUUUGGAUGAUGUGCACAUCCAAGUGGGGAAUUUUGUUUUUCCUGCCGAUUUUGUGAUUCUUGACUUCCAGAUUUACGAAGAAAUACCCAUAAUCUUGGGAAGGCCAUUCUUAUCCACUAGAAUAGAGUUGAUUGACCGUGAGAGUUGA